AUGCCUUUCUUACCAGAGCAAAUCGCUCUUCAGGUCGUGCGCAAGGCAGAUAAAGCCCGCCUCCUGAUCUGUGAGACACAGCACCUGCUCGCCAAGUACAACGAGACCGAGCUUUCGGUGGAGUUGAGCUCAAUCCAAGCCAGCCUCGGCUUGGCGCUCGAUCGAUAUCGUGCCCUCGCUCAACCUCGCCCCUCCCGUACAAGACGGUCUCGAGGAACCAGAGGCGGAACCCACCACGGCUCUGGCAACGAUGCCAAUCAUGGCCAGCCGCCGACCACGGGCCGUAUGCACCCGAAUAUGCACGACGACCAGAACACGCAUGACCCAAUGGCACCCAUGGCCGCCGAUGACACUGCUUCCUCAAGUGCACAUCUCAAUUCCGGCUCUGACGCUGUCACAGGGGUGGCUACUCCAGCCAUUGGUGUCGUGAAUGACAUCAAAGAGACUGAGUUUGGAGCUGUGUCGGCAUCUGUUCUCAACGGCGGUGUUGUCAUUAGCUUGCCGUGCACCUAUCCCAAGAACAAGUGCACAUGCUCAGUUCCCAAUGAACAAUAUACUACUAGCACGCAAAAUGGCACUUGCAAGCACUACAAAGAAUGUGGUUUCACAAACGCCGCAAACCACACUGGCAGCCCUUCCGCUGGCGCGCCGGUCAACAAAUCCCAAGGUUCCGCGGAAAAGUGUGCAAAUGCAACCCCUGCUCAGACUGCGACAGUCGGCACGAAAAUCAACAUCUUCGGCAGACCCAAAAGUCGGGUCAUGAACCCGAUCUCCAAUGAUAGCGCCACGACAAGGGCCUCAGCCAGCAAGGUCAAUGAUCUCCGGAACAAGCAUCUAAGCCGAAUCCCCACGAACCCUUCUUUCGUCAGCUUGCAACCCAGCAUGACCAAGGGCUCUGCAGAAGAGAGUGGUCCCACAACCUCCCCCAAAGGCGCAGAUGCCUGUAUCCAAGCGAACAGGGUCAGAUUCUCCGAGGGGCGUGAAACCGCAGCCCGUGCCUCUUCUGCAUCACCAGCGCCAUCUCCUCAAUCCGGUCUCUGUGGUAUACUUAUUGACCUGGAUGAUGGCCUGGAGGUUAUCUGUCCUGACCCCAAGGUUAUUGAGGGGGUGGCAGGCUGCCUUUCUGGCGAUGGCGAAAGCAGCCCUCCCUCAGGGGAAUUUGAGGUCCGGAGCGACAUCUUGUCCCCGGAGUGGGAGUGA